AUGUCCAAAGGUGAUCAUGGCUCUCUACGAAACUCAUACGAGAGCGAAGACUUUGCAGGACUCACUGCGAGCCCAGAUGAGAAUCAUGGGGAGGCACAAGCAGCGGUAGUAUUCCUCCCUAUGCCCUCUCCUCCCGACUCGCGAUCACCCUCUCCACGACCACAGCCAAAGCGACAAUCGUCCUUGUCGCAACCACGACCUGAUGACACUCCCAGAACCAUGAACCGGGUCCGCUUCGACCCCGAGGAACACGUCCUCCCCUCUCGUCAGAUGAUCUCCCUAGAUCUGGACGCAGAGGACUACAUGGAUUCGGACAGUCAACAUGCUCCUCUUCUUACUGAUAUUACCCCUCCGAGCGAGAGCCCGUUUCUGUCUGGCUCUUUCCAAGCAGAGGAUCAUUUACCAAACGCCCGGCCCAAGUCAGGCAUGCGGAGCGCAUUCAUGAACAUGGCAAAUAGUAUUAUAGGAGCAGGCAUCAUAGGUCAGCCAUACGCUUUUCGCCAAGCUGGCUUGACCAUGGGUGUGAUAUUACUGAUCUCACUGACAGUAAUGGUUGACUGGACAAUCCGGCUCAUCGUCGUCAAUUCGAAAUUGAGCGGCGUCGACUCUUUCCAGGCCACCAUGCAACACUGUUUUGGCAAACCUGGCCUCAUCGCUAUCUCUAUCGCACAGUGGGCGUUCGCAUUUGGUGGCAUGCUGGCCUUCUGUAUCAUCAUCGGCGAUACUAUACCGCACGUUAUCGAGGCGUUGUUUCCUUCGUUGAAGGAUGUCCCUUUCUUGUGGCUUCUAACCAAUAGAAAGGCUGUCAUUGUGCUCUUUGUCCUGGCUAUUUCAUGGCCCUUGAGCCUGUACAGAGAUAUUGCAAAACUCGCCAAGGCGAGCACUGCAGCUCUGAUCAGUAUGUUAAUCAUUAUCGUAACAGUCGUUACGAACGGACCUGUCAUUGAUAAAGCAUAUAAAGGGAGCACCGAGGGACUACUGUUUGUAAACAACGGGUUCUUCCAGGCUGUCGGCGUUAUUUCCUUUGCCUUCGUAUGUCACCACAACUCUUUGCUCAUCUAUGGCUCGUUAAGAACCCCCACGAUGGAUCGAUUCAGCACAGUCACUCAUUACAGCACGUUCGUCUCUUGUGUCGCUUGUUUGAUUGUUGCUCUCGUUGGCUUUCUUACCUUCGGUGAUCUGACCAAAGGCAACGUCCUGAACAAUUUUCCCACUCAGGGAAAUAUCAUGGUCCAGAUUGCUCGGCUUUGCUUCGGGCUUAACAUGCUCACCACUCUUCCGCUGGAGUGUUUUGUCUGUCGAGAAGUCAUGAACAAUUACUACUUUCCCGAUGAGCCAUAUCAGCCCAAUCGCCAUUUGAUCUUCAGCACUAGUUUAGUGGUCUCUGCAAUGGUGAUCAGUUUAAUGACGAGCGAUCUAGGAGCUGUGUUUGAGUUGAUUGGGGCUACAAGCGCUUGCGUGUUGGCGUAUAUUCUGCCACCUUUAUGCUAUAUCAAGCUCAGCACCAGGAGUUGGAAGACGGUUCCGGCUGCGUUGUGCAUCUGUUUUGGCAUUGCAGUCAUGACGACAACUCUGACUCUGACCACAGUAAAAAUGCUCAAGAGUGGGUGA